AUGACAGUAAUGAGGUUUGCAGCUGAGAUACCUGGGAAAAUGAUAGCGGAACUUACUGUCGAUAACGAUGGCACACGAACAAACGCCAAUCGAAAUGUACUCGCUGCAUAUUCAAAUUAUUUCAAAGCAAUGUUCACCAAUGACAUGAUCGAAAGUCGUUCGACACUUGUCGAUUUCUGCUACACUGGGAAGAUAACAAUCAAUGACGAGAACGUGUUCAGCAUUUUGUCAGCUGCUGGUCUUCUCCAAUUAGGCGAUGUUCAG